CGGUUUUGUACUACACACCAAGAAUCUUCCAGAAAUUAUCAGAGGUAUACACUUUACAACAUUAUGGCAGACCUUGAACUACAAAAUAAGAAGAGAAAACAUGACGAGAAUGGAGAGUCUUUGAAAAAGUCUAAGAAAGACAAGAAGGACAAGAAGGACAAGAAAGACAAGAAGGAAAAGAAGGAAAAGAAGGAUAAGGAAGAGAAGAAGGAAAAAAAGGAAAAGAAAGACAAGAAGGAAAAGAAGGAAAAGAAAGAAAAGAAAGAAAGCAACUUUGUGGCAGCUCCAAUAAAAGAGGCUGUUCAAACAAGUCAAGCUGACAUCGAUCAAUUCUUAAAAGAUAACGAAGUUACCAUUGAAGAUGCCAACAACACCAACAUCCAGCCAGCAAUCAACUUUGAUUCUCUCAAAAACUUCUCCAUUGAUUCUAGAAUCUUGAAAAACUUAUCAAAGUUUGACAAGCCAAGUCCAAUUCAAGCAUGUUCCUGGCCAUACCUUCUCCAAGGUAAGGACAUUGUCGGUGUUGCCGAAACUGGAUCUGGUAAGACUUUGGGUUUUGGUGUCCCGGCUGUUCAGCACGUUGUGAAUAGCGGUUCUAAGAAAUUACAAGUCUUGGUCGUUUCUCCUACCAGAGAGUUGGCCACACAGAUUUUCGACAACUUGAAGGAGCUUACAGAUGCUGUGGGUCUACAUUGUGUGUGUGUGUAUGGUGGUGUUCCAAAGGAGCAACAAAGAAAAGAUGUGUUGAAAAGUCAGUGUGUUGUGGCCACCCCUGGUAGAUUGGUGGAUUUGAUCAAUGAGGGAAGUGUCAACUUGGAAAACGUCAACUAUUUAGUUUUGGAUGAGGCCGACAGAAUGUUGGAGAAGGGGUUCGAGGAAGAUAUCAAGCAGAUCAUAAAAAGUGUUUCCGAAAAAAACAGACAGACGUUGAUGUUCACUGCGACAUGGCCUAAGGAGGUCAGAGAGUUAGCCAACGGGUUCAUGAAAAGCCCAAUUAGAGUGUCCAUUGGUAACAGGGAUGAAUUGACUGCAAACAAGAGAAUCAAGCAGAUCGUCGAGGUUAUCGACCCAUACGACAAGGAAAAGAGACUACUCCAGUUGUUGCAGCAGUAUCAGUCAAAGAACAAGGACGAGCGUAUCUUGAUUUUCGCAUUGUACAAGAAGGAGGCUAGCAGAAUCGAAAGAACGUUAAAGUACAAGGGGUUUGACGUCGCAGCCUUGCACGGUGACCUCAACCAAAUACAGCGUCAGCAGGCCUUGGAGAGUUUCAAGAAGGGCGACUGUGACAUCAUGUUGGCGACCGAUGUUGCUGCCAGAGGUUUAGACAUUCCUGACGUUAAGGUCGUCAUCAACCUCACGUUCCCUCUCACCAUCGAGGAUUACGUUCACAGAAUCGGUAGAACGGGACGGGCAGGUAAAACUGGAAUUGCAUACACACUUUUCACCGACCACGAAAAGCAUCUCGCUGGUGCCUUGGGUAAUGUCUUGCGUGGUGCUGACCAGCCUGUGCCAGAGGAGCUCAUGAAGUUCGGAAGUCACACAAAAAAGAAAGAGCACAGCGCCUAUGGUGCGUUCUUCAAGAACGUCGACAUGAACAAGAAAGCCAAGAAAAUCACCUUUGACUAGAGACAGUAGGCAGUUCUUUUUGCGUCCUGGAACUGUAAACCAAUAACCUAUAACAUAUAACAUAUAACCUUUAACAUAUAGUCUAUAUAUAUGCAUGAAACAACUCAUCUCGAUCAUUCAUCCGGCC